AUGGCUCACCAGGAGAUCACUUGCAAAGGUUUAAGAGACGAAAUAGAGCAGUGUGCUGACUCUUUAAAGCGGGCUAACGGUCUUGCACAUCCCGGAAUAUCCCCCCAGGGCUCUGGACUUUCAUUACAGAAACAUAAAGCAAUAUCAGAGCACCUCAUCCGAACAGUCAAUGAGAAGCCGUAUACUGACGAACCUUGGAAAGAUGAAGGCCUUUACUUCAAAAAGGUCCUACUUUCUAAGCAAGCUUCCUACAAGAUUUUGCAGCAUGCUGUGAAUGGCAAAGAUGCAGAAAUAAUGGGGAUGCUAGUGGGAACAGUGCAAACGAGAAAUGUGGUAGUAUAUGAUUCCUAUGCCUUACCUGUAGAGGGCACAGAGACUCGAGUCAAUGCUCAAUUAGAAUCCUACGAAUACAUGGUACAAUACAUGAACGAAGUGUAUGACUCCCGACCUGAAAAGUUCCAUAUUGUGGGCUGGUACCAUUCUCAUCCGGGAUACGGGUGCUGGCUGAGUGGCAUAGAUGUUCAAACGCAAGAGUUGAACCAAACGUACCAAGAUCCGUAUGUGGCAGUGGUGGUAGACCCUAAGAAAACGUUGGAAGAGAAAAGGCUGUCCAUAGGAGCCUUCAGAACGAUUCCUACUGCGGAUUCAUCGUCUGGGUUCGAAGCUCCCGCAGGGGUUGCUGCAAGGGAUCGCGAAAAGUACGGACACCAUUUCUCUAGAUACUACGAAUUGGAACUUGAGAUCUGUGGGACCGGUGCCGACGAAUCUCUGCAGCGACUGGAAUUGAGGCAAGACAAGCCCAUUCAAGAUUGUCCUGAAAGUGAAGGGCCUUUAGAGCACCUUUUGGAAUGCAUCAAGAAUUGGCACAACUAUCAAAAGUUGUCAGCUUCUAGUCAAUUCAUCCUCAAUGCUCCGCCCUCGCAACCCAUGAUUGCCGAAGAUGACAAGGACGUAGAGAUGAGAGGCGGCUCCUCUUUUGUUUCCGUCUCUUCAACAGGAAAUAGUUCAGUCUCGAGCGCUGUUGAUGAUAAUGAAAGAAGCGAUGUUGAUAUGACGAGCUUGCACUUGAAACGACAACUGAGCACUCAAAGCAGCCUUCUCGUGAGACCAACAGAUGAUGAGGUUGUUCCCGUGUCGGACCAAGUUUCUCAGGAAACUGCUUUAGCUUCAGAAAUUCGAAUGCAACGAAAGAAGCUUCAUUUGUUAAAACUUCAAGAAUACCAACGUCUCCGAUAUUACAGAGACGCUUUCACAUUAUGA